AUGUCUUCAACAACUAUAGCGAGAGAUCUCGCCAAACUUUCCGACUUACGAGAGUAUCUCGAAAGCACUCCAUUUGGCGCCGAAGAGAUCGCUACACUCUCUGGUGGUAACGCAAAUUUCGCCUUUCGGAUCAAACUCAGAACAGCAUACGAUGGGCGAUCAACGAUGGUUGUAAAGCAUGCGAAGCCGUAUGUGGCCAAGUUGUUGGAUAAAAUCCCUUUCGAUUUGGAACGACAGAGGUUCGAGGUUGAAGCACUCAAACACGUUCACGCCUUGAAUCCCCCGGAGUCUCUCGUCACUGUCCCUCGAGUAUAUCAUUUCGAUGAAAAGGAGAGUGUCAUUAUCAUGGAAGAUUGUGGAGUAGACUCUGUUACGCUCAAACAGUUCUUGGUCGAUGGACGGUGCACACCUGCUCUAGCAGAGAAAAUCGGUGGCGCUUUAGGGAAUUUCUUGGGUGGACUUCACCACACAUGGGGCACAAAUAAUGCUGCACGUUUGCUUGAAACACUGCGAGGGCAUAAACAAGCCAAGGAAAUCUGUGUUUGGGCUGUUUAUGGGAGAUUAGGUUCGACGAUCAAAGGAGAGGAUCCGAUGUCCAACAUAUCAGAAAAUCCACCUGCAAUUGGAGAAACAGAAUUCAAACGGAUGGAGGAGAUUGGAAAGGAGAUUUCAGCUAAUAUGUUAUCUGCAGAAGAUGAUUUCGUCAUGGGUGAUUUCUGGACCGGCAAUAUUCUUCUUGACCUCGUUGACGGUGGUUCCGAUAUCAAUCACAUCUUUGUCGUUGAUUGGGAGGCGGCGCGCCCUGGCCUGCAGGGAUUAGACGUUGGUCAGUUCUGCGCUGAGGUUGAUCUCACUCGCCGAUUCCAUCCCUCGAACGCAAGCGUUGCUUCGAAGAUGAUAACCUCAUUCUAUCAUUCGUAUUCAAACCUGGAUGCCAAGAAAAAUGUUGCGCUGUAUCAGAGUGCCCUCGCUCACUGGGGAGCCCAUCUGAUCGUCUGGACUCCACGAGUGCGAUGGGGAGGUUCAGAGGAGACCCGAGUCGUGGUCAAGGACGGUGUCGAGCUUUUAUUAGAAGGAUACGAGCGUUCAGAAGAUGGUAUAGAGAGGAAAUUCCAGUAGUACGACAUUGGGUGUUGUAGACUGCACAUAAAUCCGUCUGAAUAACACUUUUGUGUGGUUAUUCGACC